GCGCGUCCCCGAGUCGAGCGGCGAGCACAUCGACACGUCACCCUCCCUCCCCGCGACAUGCGCGAUGUUUCCACAGCCUACAAGUCCACUGCCCUCGCCGGUCUCUCGCUCGCGCUGCUGACGGACUGGGCGACCACCCUCGGCCUCGUCUUCGGAGGAUGUUGCAGCAACGCGAUCACGCUGGAGCGCGUCACCUCGGAAUUUCCUAAUUCCGCCGCGCUGCUCACCUUCGCCCAGUUCCUCCUCAUCUCCCUCCACGGCCUGCCCAAGUUCCUCACCUCCGUCCGGGGGCCCAUGGGCCUCCCUCUGCCGUGGCUCAAGCAGCGACGCAUCCCACUCACCCCGUACCUCCUCCAAGUCGCGCUCUUCUACGCCAUCUCGCUCCUCAACAAUGCCGCCUUUGCCUACGACAUACCCAUGCCCGUGCACAUCAUCUUCCGCAGCGGCGGACUGGUCAUCAGCCUCCUCAUGGGCUGGAUGAUAUCCGGACGAACAUAUUCCCUCCCACAAGUGAUCUCCGUGCUCCUCGUCACGUCCGGCGUCGUCCUCACGACGUUCUCCGCGUCGAAUCCGCACAAGGGCUCCAGCCUCGCCUCUGACGCGUCCCUGCACCGCUACGUCACCGGCAUCGCGCUGCUCACCCUCGCUCUCGUCCUCUCCGGCUUCCUCGGGAUCGUCCAGGAUAAUACCUACUCGCACUACGGGAACACGACCUCCAGCGCGUCCCCUCCCGCCGCAUCGACCAAACUCGAUCCCGCCCAGCCGCAGCCGAAGGAGAAAGACGACCGCCCCGAUACGUGGGAAGAGUCCAUGUUCUACCUCCACUUCCUCUCCCUUCCCAUGUUCCUCUUCGUCCGGCGCGACAUCGCGGCACAGCUCGACGCCCUCCUUUCCGGCCCCACGCUCGCGCUCGCGCUCCCGCCCAUCCUCUCCCCGCUCCUCGGCGUCGGCGACCCGGCGGCCCCGUCCGCGCCCACGCUCACGCUCACGCUCCCCGCCCUGCUCGUGCCCCUCGUCCUGAACACCGUGACCCAACUGUUCUGCGUCGCGGGCGUCAACCGCCUCACCACGCGCGUCGCGGCGCUCACCGUCACCCUCACGCUCGUCGUGCGCAAGGCGGUCUCGCUCGUGCUCAGCGUCGCGCUCUUUCGGCAGGGUGCCCAGAACGCGGGCGGGACCGCCUGGGGCAUGCUGUGGUCCGGUGCGGCGUUGGUGUUCCUGGGGACCGUGGGGUACUCGAUGGGUGGACGUAUUAGGAAGAGCGAGGGCAAGGGCGGAGGGAACGGCCCACGGAAGGACAAGAAAGACUAGAUUUUGAUGCUUGAUAUACCCGUCGUGUGAUCUACUACUGACUUACUAGGGCUGGACGGAUACCUUGGAUACUGUACACACUCAUGUUGUAACAGACAUUGCUGACCUCUUUCUACAUCGUUUGCGAGUGCGUGGAGACCG